GAAUGUGGCCAUGGCUGUAUCAACGCCAUUUUAGAAAUUGUGAGAUCUGUUCUUCGACAGAAAAUGGUGAAUAAAGCGUGUUCAACUGAAAAUUAUUAGCGUGAAAAGUCUUGUUCUACCUGUUUAUCUCUGUUUAUUUGGACAUUCGUGAUAUUUUACUUCGUUGAUGAAUUAAAUUCAAUCAGGUUACUGUUGGAUGCAUACUUUCGUGGCAUUGUGCCACUUCAGUAGUUCUUGAAAAGCAACUCAAGACCAGUAGCGAAUUAAAUCUGCCUGAUGAAAUCCCUCUUAAGGAGUGAAGUAUUCCAGGAAAGGAUUCUAUAAUCAACAUACCAUUUGUAAUAGACAUUACUUUGCGGCGACAACUGUGAAGGUGAUGCUGGUAAUUUGCUACAACGGAAUACAGAACAGAGUAAACACUACCUACAUAAACAACUAAACAAAAAGUAGUUUUUUUUGCUGAUGAAGAUUUACUGACAGUAUGAGCACCUUGGGGGGAUCUAGGGGAGAGCGUAAUGCCAAACCCAAAUUCGCAGCAUUAGACAUUAAUAAGCUGUACAUAACCAGCCGUGGAGAAUCGUUUGAGCCAUCGACACAAAAAAGUACUGCUCCUCGCAAGCAUGGCAUGCAAAGUUUGGGAAAGGUUCCCACGGCCCGUCGUCCACCAGCAAACCUUCCAUCUUUAAAAGCAGAAGUAGGAAAUCCCGGCGAACAGUCUGGCAGCUGGACUAACGAACUUAACGAAGGACAAUACGUCAGCCAGAGUCCAAAUCAUUCAACGGAAGAAGUCAACAAAAUACCAAAUUUAUCUAUUUCUAAAAAUUCGACUCAACGCCACACUUCGUCUCCUAAUAUUUCAAAACCGGGCGAAUUAUCAUGGAACACGAACGAGUUCCCUUCAUUGGACGGCACUGGUUCGUAUGGGGGGGGAACAACAAAAUCUCAACUAUUCCAAGAACAUUAUUCCGGAACUUCUCAAACCAAUCAUCAAGCCGACAUUCGUUCACAAUUGAAAGCACCUUGCGGCCAAGGAACCAGUAUUGCAACGGAGGAUUUAGAUGGUGGUGGAAACUUCCUAGGUGGUUUGAACAGUUGUCAGGUCACAGCGGGAUCGUCUCAAUCGUCUCCUCUGCCC